CUGUAUUGUAGAGCUGCUACGGUAAACUGAGGCAGCAUCAGUCUGUCCGGCGCCGCUGCCUGACAGCCAGCGUUACAUCCGAUGGCGAACCACAUACACAUUUCUCACGUAAAAGGGUUGGUUGGCGGCAGCGAUACUAAGCCGUAUCUUCUUGAUCCGAAAAUGAAGUUUAGUCCCAGUUUACCUCAGCCUCCAGCCACAUCCGAUGCAUUUGUUCUGUCGCUUCCCCAAAUCGGCCGAGCCGAUGCAGCACUUCCCUGUGAUGCGGCACCGUUUUAUGGAUUCUGACAUGGACUAUGAGAGGCCAAAUGUCGAGACUAUCAAGUGUGUGGUGGUUGGGGACAAUGCAGUUGGAAAGACGCGGUUAAUCUGUGCCCGGGCCUGCAAUGCAACUCUUACACAGUACCAACUACUUGCCACACAUGUGCCCACAGUCUGGGCAAUAGAUCAGUACAGAGUCUGCCAGGAGGUUCUGGAAAGAUCCAGGGAUGUGGUGGAUGAUGUCAGUGUGUCUUUACGUCUCUGGGACACCUUUGGGGACCAUCACAAGGACCGCAGAUUUGCGUACGGCAGGUCUGAUGUGGUGGUGUUGUGUUUCUCCAUUGCAAACCCAAACUCACUCCACCAUGUAAGGACGAUGUGGUAUCCCGAGAUCAAGCAUUUCUGUCCCAGAGCUCCUGUUAUCUUGGUGGGCUGCCAGCUUGACCUGCGCUACGCCGACUUGGAGGCAGUGAACAGAGCUCGCCGCCCACUGGCCAGACCCAUUAAAUCCAAUGAGAUAUUGGCACCAGAGAAAGGCCGUGAAGUGGCUAAAGAACUAGGCGUCCCUUAUUACGAGACCAGCAUAGUUGCUCAGUUCGGAGUUAAGGACGUUUUUGACAAUGCCAUCCGUGCAGCCCUCAUCUCCCGCCGUCAUCUGCAGUUCUGGAAGUCACAUUUACGAAACGUUCAAAGGCCCCUCCUGCAAGCCCCAUUCCUUCCUCCUAAACCCCCACCACCCAUUAUAACAGUUCCUGCUCCUCCAAGUAACAUCGAAGAGCAUCCAAGCCGCCUUUUGGAGGAUCCUCUCUGUGCAGAUGUGAUCUUAGUCCUCCAGGAACGCCAGAGGAUCUUCGCCCAUCGUAUUUACCUCGCCACAUCUUCUUCCAAGUUCUACGAUCUCUUUUUGACUGAACCUCGAGGCACUGACGAGACCGAACGUGAGCGCGAACGACCUAGAGGACCCCCACUUUCUGGCCGCGAUUUGCUGAUGCGCGCUGCUAGUUUUGACAUUUGUGAAAGCAGUGACGAUGGUGACAGAGCAAACUUGCGUGCAUGUACUAGUGAUGGAACUCUGAAAGGUGAUGGUCGUGGUCGUCUACUUCCUGCCUUGAGUCGCGCUUUCAUUAGCAUCCAAGAAGAAAUGGUGGAUGACCCUGUGACUUUCAAUCCGAGAAAAAUGACUGUUGUGCACAUGGACCCUUCAAUGCAACCUGGUCCAUUCCGAUCAGUGCUGCGGUACCUGUACACAGGUAAACUGGACGAGCGGGAGAAGGAGCUAAUGCAGGUGGCUCACAUCGCGGAGCUGCUGGAAGUGUUUGACCUGCGCAUGAUGGUGGCUAACAUUCUGAACGAUGAGGCAUUCAUGAAUCAGGAAAUCACCAAGGCCUUUCAUGUGAGAAGAACCAAUCGGGUGAAAGAAUGUCUGGCCAAAGGGACCUUCUCUGAUGUGGUGUUCAAGUUAGAUGAUGGCACCAUCAUGGCCCAUAAACCGCUUCUCAUCUCAAGCUGUGAUUGGAUGGCAGCCAUGUUCGGUGGACCGUUCGUGGAGAGCUGUACAAAAGAGUACGUUUUGUGA